CACCUCACCACUUUAACUGUUUUUGUGUGUCGCACUGUCGUCGUUGUUGAGCCAUUGCUUCUGUCUGCUGUCUGCUGCGGUUGCUUGUUCAGCGUGGUGCAUUUCUCACCUCACCCUUCAUCUGCCUCUGCCACUUGCUCACGCCAACCACCUGUCUUUCUUCCCCGCACCUCCAACGCCUGCCAAGAUGACGACCAAGCCUUGCUGUGAUGCGGGUCCGCCUGUGACCAUCAAGCACGAGGACAAGGGCAAGGAAAUCAAGCUUGGGGAGCUCACGGCAUACGUGUCCGGUGACCCUGCCAGCGCCAAGGCUGGCGUCAUCCUCUUCUACGACAUCUUCGGCCUGAAGCACCCUCAGGUGCGCGAGAUUUGCGACCGGUUUGCGGCGCGCGGCUACUAUGUGGUCAUGCCAGAUGUCUUCCGUGGUGACCCAUGGACGCUGGAGAAGUUCCCACCAAAGGACAAGACGGAGUUCCAGGCCUUCCUCAAGCGCAGCAACGACGCCGCCCCUGGCGACAUUGAAACUGUCAAGGCCCACUUCAAGGAGGUUGGCCUUGGCGACAAGAAGCACGGCGUUCUUGGCUUCUGCUGGGGUGGCAAGUGGGUCGUGGAGGCCUGCGCUGACGAGAGCUUUGGUGCCGGUCUUGCAGCACACCCAGCCUUUAUCACGCUCGACAUGGUGAAGAAGGUGCACUGCCCGAUUGUGUUCUGCCCCGCCGGCGGGGACGUCGACUGUGCCCCCUUUGUUGAGCACCUCAAGAAGCAGCCGUGGGGCGCCAAGUCGCAGGAGAAGCGCUUUGAGGACAUGACCCACGGCUUCUGUGCCGCCCGCGGUGAUUGGUCCGACCCCAACGUCAGCGAAGCCGUGCACCAGGUUCUUGGCCUUGGCUUGGACCUCUUUGACGCCACGCUCGCCUAACCGGUGCCCCCAUCUUUGUUGCGUGCAAGAGUGGUGGCCAGCGGCGGGGCGGGGAUAACCGAAGGAGCGGGUGCCCCUGCAUCAGCGCGAACGUUUACAAGGUCACGCACGCGCGUGCGUAUCUUCCUCCAUGUCACUGUUGAUUUCUUCACUGCUGCUUCUUCGUGUUCUUCUUGUUCUUCUUCUUCGUACUCUGUUUUCGUUAUUUGUCUCCUCCUUUUUCAUUUCCUAUUGUUGGCUGCAUCAAAUGCACACCCCUCCUGUGUGCUAUGUGCCUGUGCGUUUGCCUGUGUGGUGCAUGUGUGGUUGUGUGUGUGGUGCCUGUGUGGUGCCUGUGUGGUGCAUGUGUGGUGCAUGUGUGGGCAUAUGGUGAACCACCACCAUUCCAUCACAGCCAGCGUUGCGACACCAUAAAUUUUCCGCGACCGUUGCGGACGCAAACACUG